AUGGAAGCGGCCAGUACUUCCCUCAGAGAUGACUGCCCUCCCUGGGAAGAUGUGUCUCUGUCUGCCCCUCACAGAGACGAUGGUCUACUGGUCACCCAUGUCAACCAAACACAGGACUUACUGAGGUCACAGGGUCAGGCUGCGGAGUGGAAGAGCUCCUCUGAUUGGCUCCUGACCCACAGUCUCUACAGCUCCGGCCUCUCCCUCUCAACACUCCUCUCACACGGGACCACCAAGAUCAGUGCUGGGGAGGACGGAGGCCUCAGCAGACAGCUGGAGAUCACUGCUGCAGCACUCAUUCACUUUGACUUCCAGCUGUACCAGGCCAUUGAGCUGUACCAUGGCAGAAUAAGAUGGCUGAACCAAGGAAGUAUGAAGGUGUUUGGGCUGGUGAAGGGGUCCAGAGUAGGGGUCAUAGUUGACACCUCAGAUGUUAACUGCACCAAAGACAGACUGCCAGAUCUACAGAGGAACCUCCUGUCUCUGAUAGAAGAGCAGCUCAGCUGUAAGCGUCAGCUGUACCUGAUGUCCUGUGGUACUGAGACCAGCAGCCUUUGGGACGGCCCCAGAGACGUCGACACCUUCAGACUGCAGGAGGCUUGUGACUGGGUGGAUGAGCUGGGAGCCAGGGGGGGAUGUAACCUCCUCCAGGCCCUGAAGAGAGGCCUUGGCCUGGGCUGCACUCAGCUUGACUCCCUGGUCAUCGUCCUGGGCUCCAGCCCUGACCAGACCUCAGAUGCCCUCUUUGAUUACGCAACCGUAAAGAGACUAGCUGAAGUUACACGGGGACGCCACCACAUCUUCUCAGCUUCCCUGGGUGUAGUGGACAGCAGUACAGAUGUGGAGCUGCUGUGGACAGAGAUCAAGGCAGCCAGAGAGCUGCUGGGACACACUGAGGCCCUGCGUCAGGGACGGCUGGGGGAGAUGAAUGUCACUGUGGUGGGACAACAGAUUUCCACAGAGUUGGACAGCUUUUCACUCUCUCCUUCGCUCCCCAGACCACCCAAUCACAAUGUCCCCCUGAGCAUCAAGCCCCCAGGUGUCCCGCCCAGCUCCUCGGCUGAUUGGCUGAGGAACCAUGGACUGAAAGCUAAGAGACUGGGGCUGUACCAGGUUCUGUCUCCCAAUGCCUAUUCUCUACUGGAGGGGUUUGUUCCUAUCCUGAACAAGACUGUCAGCUCAACAGUCCAUGAGAAGGCCAUGGUGCAGUUUGAGUGGCAUGAUGGAACGGUGAAAAACGUUCAUGUGGACUUGCCCUUAAUCUACCACUAUCAGAAACAGCUAAUGUCUGCAGUGGCUGUGUUGGAGAGGAGGGUGCAGUGGCUGAGCAGUGGGAGCAGGCAGAUCUGGGGGACAGUGUGUGAACAGAGGGUGGUGAUUGUGGUAGACAUGUCUAUGAUGAUCCCUGGCUUCUCUCUCCACAUCCAGCACUCCCUCAGGGUGCUACUGGAGGAGCAGCUGGCCAACAAACACAGCUUCAACAUCAUCGCGUUCGGCUCAGCUGUCAGAGCUUGGAGGGAGAGGUUGGCCCUCACCUCACCAGAGAACCUGCAGGAAGCCUGGCAGUGGGUCCAGGGUUUACAGUGUUCAGGGAGCAGGAACACCAUGGCUGCUCUGAGGCUGCCUCUGGAGGGGGACCUCCAUGGGGGUGGGACACUCCCCCUCACUCCCUCUCCUCUUCUCCCUCCGUCUCCCCCUCUCACCCAGGGCCUCUACCUCUUCACCAGCGGAGUGCCUGACCAGGAAAUUGCAACGGUGUCUUCAUAUGUGUCAGAGUGCUGCAGUGGCCGGCCUCUACGUCUCCACAUCUGUCUGUUGACUGGAGAGGAGACAGAGGCACAGACGGAGGCACAGACGGAGGGUUGCCCUCCACCUCACCAUGCCACCAGGGAGGAGACUGCUGGGGCACUGAGGGAACUGGCACAAGCUGGCAACGGACGCUUCCACUGGAUCAGUGAGACAGGCAUCCUGGAGAGCGAUGACAUCACUGCUCUGAUUGGAGAGAUGGAGAGGGCUGCUACUUAUUGGCAGAAGAGCGCCAUGCUGGUGGACUCCCUGACCCAGAAGUCUGACUGUAGGUGCCCAGGGGAGGAUCUCUCUCCUGGGGACAAAGCUCCGGCCCAGUCCCCCCUGGCCUGGAGACGCAGAGACAGACCACUGCCCCCACCGCGACCCACAGCACUCACCCUCGCCAGGCUGGUACAUCACCACCCCGUCAGCCAAGGUCAGGGUUUCUCCCCUGGUACAUCAUCACCCCGUCAGCCAGGGUUAGGGAUUCUCCCCUGGUACAUCACCACCCCGUCAGCCAGGAUUAGGGAUUCUCCCCUGCCAGGGUCAGGGUUUCUCCCCUGGUACAUCAUCACCCCGUCAGCCAAGGUCAGGGUUUCUCCCCUCAGGUACAUCAUCACCCCGUCAGCCAGGGUUAGGGAUUCUCCCCUGGUACAUCAUCACCCCGUCAGCCAAGUACAGCCCAUGACUGGUUGGGGUCCAGUAGAGACUAAAGCCAAGCAGAGGAAGCCUUCUCAGGUCUCCCAGUCUGUGUUCUACCUGGAAGAUGGUAACUUGGGUGUGGUGUUCAAGUCUUACCCCAAACCUAAAAGUGUCCGAAAGUCCAUCCCCUUAGUGACUCUGCCAAAGCAGGAAGAGAUCUGCUCGACCAAUCGGUGGCUGAAGAGGUUCAGUAUUAAGAGGCAGAAGCUUGACAUCUAUAAGCUGGUGUCUGGACCUGACUGUACUCAUCAUAAGAAGCUGGUCCCCUCGGUCCUCAAGAGAGUGUCUGCCAAAUACUGCUCCAUCUUCCCCAGUGUCCACAUCAACGGGAUGGUGAAGCACCUGCAGCUGACUCCAGGAGAGUUAAAACAGUACCUUACUCAGACUGAGAGACUCCUGCUGCGCUACAUACAGAGGCUGCAAUGGCUGCUCUCCGGUAGCAGGUGUGUGUUUGGGACGGUGCUGGAGAGGGAGGUGUGUGUGCUGCUGGAUGUGUCCGGCUCCAUGGCUCCCUGCCUGGGGGAGCUGAAGACCAAGCUGGCCUCUCUCAUCUGGGAACAGCUGCAUCACAACACAGUCAGGUUCUCUCUGCUGGCGUUCUCUGAGGGAGUGAAGGUGUGGCGUCUGGCACUGCAGGAGCCUACAGAGGAGGCAUGCCGCGACGCGGUGCAGUGGGCAUAUCAGCUCAACACCCAUGGGGGAACCAACACUCUGGAGGCCCUGCAGACUGGCUGUGGGUUUGGGGACAGUGUGGGCCUGUACCUGCUGAGUGAUGGGAAGCCAGAUUCCAGCUGCAGCCUGGUGCUGAAAGAGACGGAGAGACUGACCACAGGGAACCACAUUACUAUUCACACUGUCUCAUUCAACUGCACAGACAGCUCAGCCAAUGACUUUCUGAAGAAACUGGCCCACCAAACUGGGGGUCGGUACCACCGUUGUCAUGACAAUGUGGAUGCACUCAGUGGGCUGUUGGAAUCGGGCCUUAGGGAUGGAGAUGAACCUACCCUGCCGGCCCUUGAGGGAGAUGACUUGAGGAGACUGGCUCAGGAAAUUGACAAACUGAGACAUUUCCGGAAGCAGGCACAGGUCUUCAGGUUUGUCUUACAGUGA